CUCUGUGCAUUUGUUGAUGUUGUCUGCUUUCUCGCUUUCACCAUGGAAGUUUUCAGCUUGCUUCUGCUCAUUUCUUUCAUAUUAUACCUUUUCUGGAGGACCGGUCGUCGUUCCAAACAAUUCCCCCCAGGACCAAGGCCUCUGCCGUUGAUUGGAAACUUGUUGCAGUUUGACAUGCGUAAUCCCUUGAAGGACUUUGAUAAGUUAGCACAAAAAUAUGGCCCCAUCUUCAGUUUGCACAUGGGAGGAACUCUCUUCGUGUUUGUUCAUGGGUUCCCACUGGUGAAAGAGGUCCUUGUGACGAGAGGAACGGAAUUCGCUGGAAGGCCACAAAACCCUGUUAUUGAGGUCAUCACUAAGAGAAAAGGCAUCAUUUCUGUGCCCUAUGGGCAGGUGUGGAAGGAGCAACGAAGAUUUUCACUGAUGGUUCUAAGGAAUUUUGGACUGGGCAAGAGGUCGGUAGAGGAAAGGAUCCUGGAUGAGGCCACUGUCUUGAUGCAAAGCUUUGAGGAAAACAUGAGGGAACCUUUUGAUCCCUUUUGUUUCAUCGACAAUGCAGUGACCAACAUCAUUUCUAACUUUCUUUUUGGGAAGCGUUUUGGAUACGAUGAUCACUCCCUAAGAAAUAUCUUGGACUUGGUGCAUCAGAAUAUGAAACUGGCGGCUGGACUUUGGGCACAGCUGUACAACGCGGUGCCGUUGGUGAGGGGCCUUCCUCUACCUCAUCAGACCAUACUCAACAAUGCGGUGAAGGUCAUGGCUUUCUUUUCAAAAGAGCUGGAAGAACACAAGGCAACUCUUGUUUCUGGAGAGCACCGCGACUACAUUGAUGCAUAUUUGGAAGAAAUGCAGAAGCCAGAGAAUAAAGGAUCAAGUUUUGAAGAGGAGGGCCUGUUUAUUAUACUGUCUGAUCUGUUCAUUGCCGGAUCGGAGACGACCUCAUCAACACUUUUGUGGGCUUUGCUCUACAUGAUGACUUUUCCAGAGGUCCAAGAGAAAUGUCAAGCGGAACUCGAUGCUGUUCUCGGAAACAAUUCAGACAUCAAGUAUGAAGAUCGGGACAAGCUGCCUUACACAAAUGCUGUCAUUCAUGAAAUCCAGCGCUUUGCAAAUGUGGUGCCUCUAGGAGUCGCACAUGCCCCUAUCAAAGACAUGCAGCUUUGGGGUUAUACAAUCCCCAAGGAAGCCUCAGUUAUAACCAAUCUCAUUUCUGUCCAUCGUGAUCAGUCUCAAUGGAAGUAUCCAUAUGAAUUCAACCCCUCCAACUUCCUGAAUGAGAAGGGAGAGUUUGUGAAAUCCGAAGCCUUUCUAGCAUUCUCGGCAGGUCCAAGGGGUUGCUUAGGGGUGAGCCUGGCCCGUAUGGAACUAUUCCUCUUCUUCACCAGUAUUCUGAGAAAAUUCAAGCUGGUGUGGCCAGAUGGAUCAAAGGUGCCAGACCUGACAGCCUCCUAUGGAAUCACACUCUCCCCUCCGGCAUUUAAAAUGGCAAUAAAAUGUCGCAGGCAAACAUGAACACUGCUAAGUGGGAUUUGGCUCGUUUAGGGCCUCUGUAGUGACUUGAAGCUGUGUGUGUGUUGAAGGAUCCAUUACAGCACCAUUAAUUAAUGUUAAGAAAGCAGGUGGUUACAUACGCAGAAUUCUAAUAUCUUGUAUACGUUGGGUUAACAUUUUAAUGAUACCUGCAAUACUGGUUUAAUAUUGAAAUCAGGACUUCAUAUAAAUUCUCCAGAGUUUGUUGAUUUCUUCUCUGUCUGUACUACUCUGAGCAAUGUUUAAUGUUUCUAUAGUUAAAUAUUCUGUAAGUCAUCAGGAAAGUGAAGCAUGUUCCGCUAUAGUUUUAUGUUCUUUGUAACCAGCAUGGUUUAGUGUUUAGAGUGUCCGACUGGGAUCUGGGAGGCCCUGCUUUGAAUCUCACUUUCUCACUGCUGUGAAUGACAUUGGCAACACAAUAUUAACACAGGAUUUUUCUGCACGUUUUCUAUGUAUUUACCUCCAGCCUUUCCCCUCCACCGGCCAGGUGAGUGGGGGGGGGGGGGGUGGAGGGUAGGAAUUUAAUGCAAGCUUGCUGAAAUUCUGUUUGUAUUAUGCAUUCAAUAAAGCUAUAGCUGCUUUCACGACAUAA